ACACACACACACGGAGACAGCAACCUUCACUCGCUCCUGCUUACGUAACGGGUGAGAGGCGGCGCGUGUGUGAGUGUGGGUCUCAGUGCCAUGCCACAGCGCCCAGACGCCUCGGCUGACCGGUAGCUGCACUAUGGGGUGCUCGUGCUGCUCCACGCGCUGCUGGCUGAUCGCGGGGAGCGUGACAGGGGCGCUGGUCUGUCUGCUGGGGGUCAUCCUCAUCCCUGUGGGCAACCUUGUGAUCGAGAACACUGUGAAGCAGGAGUCUGUGCUGGAGGAGGGUACCACAGCAUUUGAAACCUGGAAUUCCACAGGAACUCCCAUUUACAGGCAGUUUUGGCUGUUUGACGUUCAGAACCCUGAUGAUGUCGUGGCCAAUGGGAGCAAUCCUCAGGUUAUACAGAAAGGACCGUACACUUACAGGACGCGCUACCUCCACAAAGAGAACAUCACCGCCCUCAAAAACCACACCAUCUCCUUCAUGCUGCCGUCGGGAGCCAUCUUCGAGCCGUCAAUGUCUGUGGGUACUGAGGAGGACAAUGUGACGUCAAUCAACCUCGCAGUGGCUGGUGUGUACAGUCUGAUAGAUCACACUGUGGCAAAUAUGCUGAUUCAGCUCAGUAAAGCCACGUUGUUCCAGAGGAGGACGGUGAGGGAGUUGCUGUGGGGCUACACUGACCCCAUGCUCAAAUCCACCCUCGGAGUCUUCUACCCAUACAACAAUACCUUUGACGGACCGUACAGCGUCUUCACAGGCAAAGAUGACAUCACCAAAGUGGCCUAUAUUGAUAACUGGCGCGGUUAUCCGACUGUGUCGUUCUGGAAGGACCGUUACUGUGAUAUGAUAAAUGGUACAGAUGGAUCCUCUUUCCCUCCUUUCCUGGACAAGAAAAAGCCAUUAUAUUUCUUCUCCUCUGAUAUUUGCAGGUCAGUGUAUGGUGAGUAUGAGGGCAGUGAGGAUCUGAAGGGCAUCACUGUGUACCGCUACACCCUCCCUGACUCCACCUUCGCCUCACCCACCAUCAACCCACACAACAAGUGCUACUGUACAAACUAUGAAGCUACCAACAACUGCACCAUGGCGGGGGUUCUAGAUAUUAAAACCUGUACAGGUUCUCCUGUGUUUAUCUCGCUGCCUCAUUUCCUCCACGGCAGCCCAGACCUGCUGGAAGUGGUUGAUGGACUGAGGCCUGAUGAUGUGGAACACAAAACUUUUCUGGAUGUAGAACCAACUACCGGCUUCACUCUGAGAUUCGCUAAACGGCUUCAGAUCAACAUGGGUUACGGCCCAUCCAAGGAAAUCAAGAUUCUUAACCAAAUAAAACAUAACACACUACUUCCUAUCCUGUGGUUAAACGAGACGGCGAUGCUGGAUGACGAGACGGCGGACAGGUUAAAGACUGAGCUGUUUGGGCGGGUCGCUAUGCUGGAGGUGGUGCAGAUUUCGCUGAUCGUGAUUGGUGCAGUGCUGUGCGUGCUGUGUUUGAUCGGAAUUUGUGUACAGCACAGCAAUCGUAGGAAGGUCAUCGCCUGACCGGCGCUCAUCACUUACGCUGCUUUUGUAUGAUUUCUGUUUUUAAAUGUAGCACUUUAUAUUAAUUGGGUUAUCUGAACCGUAAGUGUACAGUAAUUUUUGUAUUCUGGAUUAUGUAUUUGAUCAGGGCUGCUUUGAGGAAAGUUACCUGAAUGUACAGUAGCUUAAAAAUAAAACCUGGAUAUUCCUGUAGAUAAAUUCUCUUUUUCUGUAAACUGGUAACUUUUGCGAAAGCAGCCUUUAUGGAGCACUUAAUUCUGUAGCAGCCAACUCACCCAGCUCUUCUGUUUAUUGGUUAAAAAACGGCCAAAUGAAGGCGAAACCCCUAACGGUUAAAACAGGGAGAAUUAUUGUUUUUACUCGACUUUUUUUCAGUGCUUCUUUACAGAAUGGAUGUAAUGUUGGUGCUGUUUUGUUCAGGUUGGAAAUUUAAAUAAAGGGAAGAAUGUGAAAGUCA